ACACAUACAACUACAAAUCUAGAAAAAAAAUUAUAAUCACAAGAAGAAAUAAGUAGAAGUGAAAUUUUGUCUCAAAAAAACGUUUUAAAGUGAAAAUCAAAAUGAAUUUUGCGAUAAAUCAAGUCACAUUGACUAGUUAAGCAGUCAGUCUAUCGAUUAAUGCUAAAAAGUCAUCGAAAAGAGUUGAAAAAGUGCGACCGAAAAGCCAAUUUUCAAUUUGUGGUGUUUUUCUGUAAAGCUGGCGUCUGCUCAUGUUAUGAAAAUUUAUCAUUAAAAAGUGCGACUAGCUGUGGACAAUAAAAAAAGUUGAAUUUUAAGGACCACAAGAUUGUGAAAAAAUCUAUAAAAUUUUCAAUUUUCCGCUCCAAAAAAGUGUGAAUUUAAAAGGAAAAAAAAUUAAGAAAAAAAAAUUUGGUUCAGAACGGCAUAACGGUGCGCAAAAAACCUCACACAAAAUAUAUACACAAAUACAUCCACAAAAGUCUUUUUAGUGCGAGAGAAAAAAAAUUAUUUUCUUCUUUUUCGUUUUUAUCUUCAAUUUCUUGCCUGCUUCUCACCGCUGUGUGUUUUGUAUCUUUGAAGGCACACACAGAACAGCAACAACAACAUAAAAAAAAAGUGGAUUUUUUUUAUUGUGUAUUAAAAACAAUUAUUUCGGUUUUGUGCACUAGAAAAAAAAAAGAUUCAAGACACUGAGAGUCGCAAUUUACAUGAAUACGUGCGAAUAGAGACACAAGAGGAAUUGGAUUGACAAUUGAUGGUGUUGAUUGCAGUUGUUUGUGACGCAAUUGUUCAAUAUUAGUGAGCUAGCUCCUUGAAUUGUCAGUAUUAGACAUCAAAGUCGGUCGAUUGAAGCUUCAACUGACUUAAUAUUUUGGAUAAAAGUUUCCAAAUAAAUCUCAAAAAUUAAGUUUUGCAAACUUUUGAGCAACUUUAGCCUUGAAUCAGUUGCAAAAAAUUGAUAUUAUUCAGCAAAGUCGUCAGACCUGACAACAGUAGACAAAUUAACUGAAAAUUCAUCAAUAAUCUACAAAAGCUAAGCCACAGUUGCAAAAUUAAGCAUCAAAGUUGAACGUUAAGUGAGGAAAAUUGAAUAAAAAAAAACAAAACCUUGAAAAACUCAACAAAAAUUGCAAAAUUUAACAUAAAAGUUCCACAAAUUGGGAAAUUUUGCUACAAAAGUGAACAAAGUAAUUAAAAAUUAUUUUAAAAAAGUCUUGAAAAUAUCAAAAGUCACGACAAAAACUGGACAAAAAAAAUAUUUAAAAUAUUUUUGAAAAAUAAAUUCAUUCAAAAAUAAUUAAAAAAUCACAAUAAAAACAUCAACAAACCACACAAAAAAUUUCAACCAAGACUCCAAACCAAGUCCUGGUAAACAAAGGCAGCAAAACCUUUUAAAGAAUUAUAUAUUAUUAAUUAAAAAAUUAAAGAUAAAUUAGGAAAUAUAAAAUGUAUGCUAAAGGAAAAGGAUCAACAGUUCCAUCAGAUGCACAAGCGAGAGAAAAACUAGCUCUCUACGUCUACGAGUACUUACUUCACGUUGGCGCCCAAAAAGCAGCUCAAACUUUUCUCUCGGAAAUCAGAUGGGAGAAGAACAUUACGUUAGGUGAGCCGCCAGGUUUCCUACACAGCUGGUGGUGUGUCUUUUGGGAUUUAUAUUGUGCAGCACCAGAACGUCGUGAUACAUGUGAGCAUUCAUCAGAAGCUAAAGCAUUUCAUGAUUAUGGCUUUGUGAGUUCCGGAUAUGGAGUUAAUGGAAUUGCACAUAAUUCUGGACCAGCACCAAGUCCAUUGGGUCAAUUACCAGCAAAUGAAGGAAUGCCAGGUGGUCCCAUGGGACCAGCAUUUUUCCCAAACUCAUCACUUCGCCCAUCGCCCCCAAAUCAUCCAGCAUCUCAACAAUCACCGCAUUCACAGCCCGGCGCACCAAACCAAAUGAUGCCGAAUCAACCGUUUAUGGGUCCACGGUAUCCAAGUGGUCCACGUCCACCUGUGAGAAUGCCCCAGGGCAUGGGGAAUGACUUUAACGGACCUCCAGGGCAACCAGGCUUAAUGCCUAAUAAUAUGGACCCAACACGACAAGGCGAUGCUGGUGACUUUGUAUGGCAAGGACCACCUGGCAUGGGCAUGAAUCCACGAAUGAACCCACCUCCAAGGGGUCCUGGUAUGGGACCGAUGGGAAGUUAUCCAGGCAUGAGAGGACCAAACAGUAUUGGACCAGGAGGUGGACCGAUUCCUGGACCUAUGAUGGGAGGGCAACGACCAUGGACACCAAACACAUCAACACCGAUGAACUACUCGUCGUCGUCGCCUGGAAGUUAUGGGGGACCGCCUGGGAGUGGUGGACCACCAGGAACUCCGAUAAUGCCAUCGCCUCAAGACUCUUCGAAUUCCGGUGGUGAAAAUAUGUACACAGUAAUGAAGCCAGUUCUACCCGGUGGAAAUAUGGGAGGUGAAUUUUCAAUGGGCGGUGGUGGAUCGGAAUCAAUGGGACCUAUGGGAGGCGUUCUUAAUGGAGAUGGACUUGAUGGCAUGAAAAAUUCACCAGCUAAUGGAAGUUCGGGUGGUGGUGCUGGUCCAGGAACGCCAAGAGAUGACUCUGGAUCGGGAAUGGGUGACUAUAAUUUAGGUGGAUUUGGUGGUGGUGCUGGCGAGAAUGAUCAGACCGAGUCAGCAGCAAUUUUAAAAAUUAAAGAAAGUAUGCAGGAGGAAGCAAAGAGGUUCGAGAAGGACAAUGAUCAACCAGAUUACUAUAUGCAGUAAAUUAAUUCAUUAAGAAUGUUCGAAAAUUUGUUUAAUUUAAGAUUAUAUUUCAAAAGAAAAAAACAAGAAAAUUUUUACACAAAAUUGAAAAGAAAAUCACAAAGUGACCCCUUGUUGUGGGGGAGGGGGGUCUUUACAAAACUUUAAUUUUUUUUAACUUUAAAAGUUCAAACCCAGAAAUAAAAAUUCGAAAUUAAAGUCAAAAAUUUGUAAAUUAGCAUCAAAAAUUCACAAAAAUUUAAAUAAACAUUUUCAUUAUAAAAUUGUAAAAUUUGUCAUUUUUUUGCUAAAUUACGAAAAUUUUCUUUUUUAAAAUACAAUAAAAAAAACAAAUUAAUUUGAACAAUUUAAUAAAAGCUCUUAAAUUCUGAAAAACAAAUGGAUUGAAUGUGGAAAAAUGGAAUGUAAAAAAAUCUCAUUAUUAGAGAUUUAAUUGAAAAUAAUAAAAAUAAAUUAAAUACCAUGAAUUUAAAAAAAAAACAAGAAUGAAUGUAAAAUUUAAUUUAAUGAAAUAGAAUGAAAAAUGGAAAAUUUGGGAGGGAAUUUUAGUUGAAUUGUGAAUAUUGAUGACAUUUUUGGAAAUAUUUUGUAUGUUAAUUUAAAGCAUACAAAAGAAUAUUGCUGAAAUAUUCAUUGCAAAAUCACAAAAUAAUUAAAAUUUCCCUUGAAUAUUUUCCUGAUUAAAGUAUUUUUUGUAUAAAUUAAAAACAAAGUUAAAUUAAAAAUGAUCUGAAAACUUAAAAUUGAGUGAAAGUAAAGAAAAUCAAACCCGAGCUUUACAUGCUUCUAAUGAAAAUCCUGAAACUCCAUUAGCCUUUACAACUGGAUAAGAUAGAUUUAAACUGAUGAGGCUGCGACAUUUGUAUUGAAUCCUUAAACCUCAGUCAUGAGCUUUGAUUAGUUUUUGGAGCAUAUGUGUAUGAAAAGAUCUCCAAAUGACAUAAGAUGAUUUCGAAUGUGGCUCCAAACUUGCUUUACGUUUAAAGAAUGUAACAUGUCAUUCAAGUUCUUGUCUCUGAAAGAAGCUACAAUAGAAUAACUAGAGGAGACUUGCUAUCGUUACUGCUUAACUCUGAACGAUAAGGAAAAGAACCACAACUGUCAAAAGCUAAGACAAAAAUAAAAUCCAGUCCAAUGAAAGUUCAGGGAGAGCAGGGGCGUUGCUAGGAAUUUAAAGAAGGGGGACAGAAAAAAAUUAUAUGAAAAAUUUAGGGAGGUUUGUGAUUGUUUCAGAAAAAAACAUAGCAAAACGAAAAAUGUUUCGUUAACCUGGGGGGAUUUUUCACCAAAAUCUUCCCCCUCCCCCUCUCAUUGCACCUGAGGUACAGUUCAGUUCAAAGUCUAUGAAUUCUCUUGUUAAUAAAAGUCAUGUCCUGCUCGGGUUUGAUUUAAGUUGGCAAUAAAGCUGUAAGAAACUGAAUUUGUAGUUGUCCAUCAGUGGCAUUUACCACCCUUGCUGCUGUAAAUUCAUUAAGAAAUCAAAUCUGUGUUUUUUAAUUCUUUCAAAAAAUUGUCAACAAAAAAAACUGUGUCAGUAAAACUUUUAAAUGUGAAAUAAAAUGGAACUUAAAAAACAAUUUUAUAUUAAAAAAUGUGUAAAAAUGUGAAAAUCUUUUUCGUAAAUUUUAUUUGUACAACAAAAACUUACACACACAAAAAAUUGUAAGA